AUGUGAAACAUUAUCUUCCAGCUGUACAGUGACACAUUUUUUUAAGGAAAAAGGACUCCUGAUCCGUUUGCCAAAAAAGAAGGGUGGGGGUGGGGUGGCGAGGUGGAAUAAUGUUAUCGAGUGAUUAUUCUGGCUGAGAUGUGUUAUUUGGUUUCUUCCUUCUUGAUCAUUUGGUGUUUAAGUAAAAUGAGGCACAGGCUUGUUUGCCGAGUGGAGUGGGAAAGGCAUUUUGAUUUGCUGGCCUAAUUUUAAAAAAUGAUAAAGGAUUAAAGGAAAAGGUGGACCUGGACUGAAAGGGUGUAAUAACCUCCCUGGACACAAGUGCUGGGGCCGAAAAAAAAAACAAACAAAACAAAACAAAAACCAGAAGAGGAAGAUUCGAAGAUUUUUUUUUUCUUUUCUUUUCAAAGAGGAAAAACCCAGCGGAGCUAAACGAAUGUCCCCUCAUCUCCAAAGGAAAGUUCAUCGGAUUCUUAUUCUAGAGUGCUCAUCUUCAGGAUGUCAGUGAAUAUUUCCACGGCAGGAAAAGGUGUGGAUCCAAAUACGGUUGAUACUUAUGACAGUGGCGAUGAUUGGGAAAUCGGGGUUGGGAAUUUAAUCAUCGAUCUGGACGCUGAUUUGGAGAAGGACAGACAGAAAUUUGAGAUGAAUAAUUCCACCAGCAGCAGCGGCGGCGGCGGCGGCGGCAGCACGGGCAGCGGCGGCGGCGGCGGCGGCGGCGGCGGCGGCAGCAACUCCUCGAAGGAUUGUGGCGGGCUGGCCUCCAGCGGGGCCGGGGCCCCCGCCGCCCUGGCCGAGGGCCUCAAAUUCGCUCCCGUGCAGCCCUCUGCUCCCCAGGGGAACGCGCACAAAGAGAGCAGCAAAUCAAAAGUGAAAAGGAGUAAAACUUCCAAGGAUGCUAAUAAAUCUCUGCCUUCCACCGCCUUGUAUGGGAUUCCCGAGAUCAGCGGCACGGGCAAGAGGCAGGAAGUCCAAGGGCGCCCUGGAGAGGCAACUGGCAUGAAUUCAGCGCUGGGUCAAAGUGUGAGCGGCGGCGGCGGCGGCGGCGGCGCCCCGAACUGCCACGGCGCCGGCCCGGGCCCCUCCGCCGCCGCCGCUGCCGUGGCCGCGGCGGCGGGGGCGGCCUCCGGGGGGAAAGGCAAGGAGGAGAAGGCAGGGAAAAGCCAGAGCAGCCGCGGCGCCAAGCGGGACAAGGACGCGGGCAAGGCCAGGAAGGACAAGCACGAGCUGCUGCAGGGCCACCAGAACGGCAGCGGCGGCGGCCCGGCGCCCCCCGGGGGCCACCUCUACGGCUUCGGGGCCAAGAGCGGUGGAGGGGCCGCGAGCCCCUUCCACUGCGGGGGCGCGGCGAGCGGCGCGGCGGCGGCGGCGGCGGCGGCCGGGGAAGUUAGCAAAAGUGCCCCCGACGCGGGGCUCCUGGGAAACUCGGUGCUGGGAAAGAAGGAAGAGGAGGAGGAGGAGAGCCACAGGCGAAUCAAGAAACUGAAAACCGAGAAGGUUGACCCCCUGUUUACAGUGCCAGCACCGCCACCACCGAUUUCCAGCAGUCUCGCACCUCAGAUUCUACCCUCCUACUUUUCCCCAUCUUCAUCCAAUAUUGCAGCACCGGUCGAACAGCUUUUGGUUCGGACUCGUUCUGUGGGUGUCAAUACGUGUGAAGUUGGAGUAGUCACAGAGCCGGAGUGUCUCGGGCCCUGUGAACCGGGGACCAGUGUGAAUUUGGAAGGGAUCGUGUGGCAUGAAACAGAAGAAGGUGUCCUGGUGGUGAAUGUCACGUGGAGGAACAAGACUUAUGUGGGCACUCUGCUGGACUGCACCAAGCAUGACUGGGCACCUCCCAGGUUCUGUGAGUCUCCCACGAGUGACCUGGACAUGCGAGGGGGCCGAGGCCGAGGGAAGAGAGCGCGCUCGGCAGCGGUGGCCCCAGGCUCAGAGGCCAGCUUCACUGAGUCCCGAGGGCUGCAGAACAAGAACCGAGGGGGUGCCAACGGGAAGGGGAGGCGGGGCAGCCUCAACGCCAGCGGGCGAAGGACACCCCCAAACUGUGCUGCUGAGGACAUCAAGGCCAGCCCCUCCUCCACCAACAAAAGGAAAAACAAGCCACCUCUGGAGCUCGACCUGAACUCCAGCUCGGAGGACAACAAGCCCGGGAAACGGGUCCGCACGAAUUCGAGAAGCACCCCCACCACGCCCCAGGGGAAGCCAGAGGCGGCUUUUUUGGACCAGGGCUGCUCUUCCCCGGUGCUGAUAGACUGUCCCCACCCAAACUGCAACAAAAAGUACAAGCACAUUAAUGGCCUGCGGUACCACCAGGCCCAUGCACACCUGGACCCCGAGAACAAGCUGGAGUUUGAGCCUGAUAGCGAGGACAAGAUCUCAGACUGCGAGGAGACGUUGAGUAACGUGGCCCUGGAGUGCGGCGAGCCCAGCACAAGUGGCUCCUAUGACACUGUGAAGGCGCCCACAUCCCCUGGCCCAGGGAACCCCCCGGGAACCCCCAAAGGAAAGCGAGAGCUGAUGAGCAAUGGCCCGGGUUCUGUGAUGGGUUCCAAAGCGGGGAAGAACUCCGGCAAAAAGAAGGGCCUGAACCAUGAACUGAAUAACCUUCCGGUGAUCUCCAACAUGACGACUGCAAUGGACAGUUGCUCAGCCGCAGAUGGUAGUUUGGCCACCGAAAUGCCCAAACUGGAAGCCGAGGGCUUGAUCGAUAAGAAAAAUUUGGGAGAGAAGGAAAAGGGUAAGAAAGCCAACAAUUGCAAAAUGGACAAGAACCUCUCGAAACUUAAAACUGCCCGGCCCAUCGCCCCCGCCCCCGCCCCCACGCCGCCCCAGCUGAUUGCCAUACCCACUGCAGCCUUCACCAGCACCACCACAGGGACCAUCCCGGGCCUGCCCGCCCUCACCACCACCGUGGUGCAGGCCACACCAAAGAGUCCUCCGCUCAAACCCAUUCAACCAAAGCCCACGAUAAUGGGGGAGCCUGUCACCGUGAACCCAGCCCUGGUGUCACUCAAAGACAAAAAGAAGAAGGAGAAGCGAAAGCUCAAGGACAAAGAAGGGAAGGAGACAGGAAGUCCGAAAGUGGAGGCGAAGCUGGGUAAACUGGAGGAUGCCAAGGGGGUGGGGAAAGACUUGUCUGGGCAUUUUUUAAAGGACCAUCUCAGCAAAAGUGAGGGGCUGGCCAACGGGCUGUCUGAGUCGCAGGAGAGCCGCAUGGCCAGUAUCAAGGCCGAGGCUGAUAAGGUGUACACGUUCACUGACAACGCACCCAGCCCUUCCAUCGGCAGCGCCUCAAGAAUGGAGUGCAGUGCCGUGGUGAAUGGGCAGGUGCCCAUGGCCCCCCUGCAUGUGCUGGCCCAGAACGGCCCUGAUGGCUCAGCGGCCAAGACCAGCAGCCCCGCAUACUCCGACAUCUCGGAUGCCGCGGAUGAUGGCGGCUCCGACAGCAGGUCGGAGGGGCUGAGGUCCAAAGCCAGCUCCCCCGCCGAUGUCCUUGCUGGGAAGGAUGGGGUACUCAAAGGGCAUCCGGCAGCCACCGCACCAUCCUCACAGGUGAAAGAGUCCCAUUCCCCCUACUACCACGGCUACGAUCCUUACUACUCCCCAAGCUAUAUGCACCCGGGCCAGGUGGGCGCCCCUGCGGCUGGCAACGGUGGGAGCAGCCAGGGAAUGAAGAUCAAGAAGGAGUCUGAGGAAGAGGCGGAGAAGAAGGACCGGGCGGAGCAGCUCGAGGCCAAGAAGGUGGAGCACAACCCGGCGCCGCUGCAGCACCAGUCGGUGAUCACGCAGCGGCACCCCGCCCUGGCCCAGUCGCUCUACUAUGGCCAGUACGCCUAUGGGCUGUACAUGGACCAGAAGUCCCUGAUGGCCACCAGCCCGGCCUACAGACAGCAGUACGAGAAGUACUACGAGGACCAGAGGCUGGCCGAGCAGAAAAUGGCCCAGGCGGGGCGCGCAGAGAGUGAGAGGAAAAACGAGCUCCCCCUGAAAGAACUGGGCAAGGAGGACAGUAAGCAGAAAAACGUGCCGUCGGCCACAAUCUCAAAAGCUCCCUCUACUCCGGAGCCUAACAAACCCCAUUCUAAACUAGGGCCGUCAGUGCCUAAUAAAACUGAGGAGACAGGUAAAUCGCAGCUUCUCUCCAAUCACCAGCAGCAGCUUCAGGCCGACAGCUUCAAAGCUAAGCAGAUGGAAAACCACCAGCUUAUUAAGGAGGCUGUAGAAAUGAAAUCUGUCAUGGACUCUAUGAAGCAGACAGGUGUAGACCCAACCUCGAGAUUUAAACAAGAUCCAGAUUCAAGGACGUGGCAUCAUUACAUGUACCAGCCCAAGUACCUGGAUCCGCAGAAGUCAGAAGAACUUGACAGAGACAAGAAAUUGAAAGAGGAUAGUCCCCGGAAAACACCCAAUAAAGAGAGCGGGGUGUCCACCCUUCCCGUCUCAUUAACGAGCAUUAAGGAGGAACCCAAAGAGGCCAAGCGUCCUGAUUCUCAAUCCAUGGAGGAGAACAAGCUGAAAAAUGAUGAUCGGAAGACACCCGUGAACUGGAAGGACUCUCGGGGGACCCGGGUGGCUGUGUCCUCACCCAUGAGUCAGCACCAGUCCUACAUACAGUACUUGCAUGCGUAUCCUUACCCACAGAUGUAUGACGCCAGCCACCCUGCCUACCGCGCUGUCUCGCCUGUCCUCAUGCACAGCUACCCGGGAGCCUAUCUCUCUCCAGGAUUUCAUUAUCCUGUUUAUGGGAAGAUGUCAGGGAGAGAAGAGGCAGAGAAAGUCAAUACCAGCCCUAGCAUCAACACGAAAACAACCACUGAAUCGAAAGCACUGGAUCUGCUCCAGCAGCAUGCCAACCAAUACCGCAGCAAGUCUCCUGCUCCUGUGGAAAAGGCUACAGCUGAGCGGGAGCGGGAAGCAGAGAGGGAACGGGACCGCCACUCCCCCUUUGGCCAGCGGCACCUGCACACGCACCACCACACCCACGUCGGCAUGGGCUACCCUCUCAUUCCUGGGCAGUACGACCCUUUCCAAGGCCUGACCUCCGCUGCCCUAGUUGCCUCCCAGCAGGUGGCCGCCCAAGCCUCUGCAUCAGGAAUGUUUCCUGCACAAAGAAGAGAAUAACAAGAUUGGAAAUGUACGUUGUCAUGUGACUGGAUCACAUGGGGAAGCGCUUUAUACAGACAUCAGUUCCAUGGUGUUAAUUUGAAAUGCCUUAAUGGCAGGCAAAAACCAGUCAUUUCAUUUUUGUAAAUUACAGAUUUUAUCACAGAGUAACAAAUGUUGCUGUAAUUAAACUUCUGUUUUAUAUAUAUAUACGUAUACAUAUAUGUGUAUAUACAUAUAUAUAUAUAUAUAUUCUUUACUUUUUGUAUCAGUAACCAGGCUCGCACACACAGGGUCUGCUGCCAAGUCGCAAACCACUCAGUAAAAGGAAAUAAAAAAUGUAUUUGUCAUGUUGAAAAGUGUUAGCCACAAAAGGCUGCUUACUUUCUUUGCCUUUUCCUUUUCACUUGUAAAUAAAUAAUGUUAUGUAUCAGUGUGCCUGAACCUUUGCAUAUCCUCCAUAUACUUCCCGUCAGCUCCUCAGAAAGGCUGACUGUGAUGACACUUGGGUACAAUUUAGAUGUCCACGUAGGUGGCUCCCGUUAAAGACGCAUCAGUGUGAAAUGUUCUGUAGUCACUGUUUGUACUGUGUAUUGUGGGAAAGAAAUACUUUGUGAAGGCAUGGGGUUGCCAGUACCACAGAAACUGUGUUGUAUAUAAUGUAAAGAUUAAAAUGGGGAAAUAAUGAGCAUCUGUGAAUAAUGAAGUGUCAUUUUUUGAUAAUCUUGAAUGGCAAAUAACCCAAUAGCCUGCAUACCAGAGACACCUGUGAUUGUUCUAUUACUUGAAUAGUCCUGCAGUCCUUUUUUUUUCCCCCCACUGUUUACAAUUAUCCAGUUUUAGAAGAGAGAGACUUUAAUGCCAUUGCCUGGUUACUUGUUUUAUGCUGUAAUCUAGUUUAUUUUAUGUAAAAUGUAUAUUGAAUGCUUUCCUUUUUUAUACCUGCCUUAAAUAAUUUGGCAAUCAGAAUUAAAAAGGUUUUUUUUUUU